CUGGGCCGCCGGGCUGUGCAGCCGGGAGUCGUCGGCAGCGCGGAACUUGGGCGCACGAGAAGCCAGGGAGCGACCUGCGUUGCCGGGGGAGGGAGGAGGAAGGAAGGUCGCGCAGCGGGGCGACACGUCGCUGCGGAGGGAUCCUGUUUCUGGUGGCGGAGGGAUUUGGUCGCACGCUGACUUCCGGUGAGCCCCGACCCGAGAGGAAAAGCCCCGAAGGAAACAAUAACAAACGCAGGAGGAAGCGGUUUUGGGGUACGUGUGUUGAGCGGGUGUCGUCCGAGAAGAUGAGCUUCGGCCCCUGUCAGGGGACGUGAGCGCGAUCGCCGGGCCCCAGCCAGCCCUUCUCCCCGUGGGCCCCCGGUGCCACCAUGGCGGCCGUGGGGCCGGGGGGCUACGCGGCGGAGUUCGUGCCGCCUCCGGAGUGCCCGGUCUUUGAGCCCAGCUGGGAGGAGUUCACAGACCCGCUCAGCUUCAUCGGCCGCAUCCGGCCCCUGGCGGAGAAAACCGGCAUCUGCAAAAUCCGACCGCCCAAGGAUUGGCAGCCUCCAUUUGCAUGUGAAGUCAAAAGCUUCCGUUUUACUCCCAGAGUCCAGCGUCUGAAUGAACUUGAGGCAAUGACCAGAGUGAGAUUGGACUUCUUGGAUCAACUAGCAAAAUUUUGGGAGCUUCAGGGGUCUACCCUUAAGAUCCCUGUGGUGGAGAGAAAAAUUCUGGAUCUCUAUGCUUUGAGCAAGAUUGUUGCCAGCAAAGGUGGUUUUGAAAUGGUCACCAAAGAGAAGAAAUGGUCUAAAGUGGGUAGCCGCUUGGGAUAUCUGCCAGGAAAAGGAACUGGGUCUCUUUUGAAGUCACAUUAUGAAAGAAUUCUCUACCCAUAUGAGCUUUUCCAGUCUGGUGUCAGCCUUAUGGGUGUACAAAUGCCUAAUUUAGAUCUUAAGGAAAAAGUGGAGCCUGAGGUUCUUGGCACUGAUGUCCAAACUCCCCCAGAGCCGGGCACAAGAGUGAACAUUCUGCCGAAGAGAACAAGGCGUGUCAAGUCUCAGUCAGAAUCUGGAGAAGUGAAUAGAAACACGGAACUGAAGAAACUUCGGAUUUUUGGGGCUGGGCCUAAGGUUGUGGGCUUGGCAAUGGGAGUAAAAGAUAAAGAAGAUGAGGUCUCCCGAAGACGAAAAGUUACCAGCAGGUCAGACGCAUUUAACAUGCAAAUGAGACAACGGAAAGGAACUCUCUCUGUUAACUUUGUUGAUCUUUACGUUUGUAUGUUUUGUGGUCGGGGAAAUAAUGAAGAUAAAUUGCUGUUGUGUGAUGGAUGUGAUGACAGCUAUCAUACAUUUUGCUUAAUUCCCCCACUACCUGAUGUGCCCAAAGGAGACUGGAGGUGUCCUAAAUGUGUCGCUGAGGAAUGUAAUAAACCUAGAGAAGCCUUUGGAUUUGAACAAGCUGUACGAGAGUAUACACUUCAGAGCUUUGGAGAGAUGGCAGAUAAUUUUAAGUCUGACUAUUUCAAUAUGCCAGUUCAUAUGGUUCCCACAGAACUAGUGGAGAAGGAAUUCUGGCGGCUGGUGAGCAGCAUUGAAGAAGAUGUUAUCGUAGAGUAUGGAGCUGACAUCUCCUCAAAAGACUUUGGAAGUGGAUUUCCUGUAAAGGAUGGUCGGAGAAAGAUGCUGCCAGAAGAAGAGGAAUAUGCGCUUUCUGGUUGGAACUUGAAUAACAUGCCUGUUCUAGAGCAGUCUGUUCUUGCACAUAUCAAUGUGGACAUCUCUGGCAUGAAGGUGCCAUGGCUUUAUGUGGGAAUGUGCUUCUCUUCCUUUUGCUGGCACAUCGAAGAUCACUGGAGCUAUUCCAUCAACUACUUGCACUGGGGGGAGCCAAAGACAUGGUAUGGUGUGCCAUCUCAUGCUGCAGAACAACUGGAGGAGGUGAUGAGGGAGCUGGCCCCUGAGUUAUUUGAAUCCCAGCCUGAUCUCCUACAUCAGUUAGUCACCAUCAUGAACCCCAAUGUGCUAAUGGAGCAUGGUGUGCCUGUGUAUAGGACCAAUCAGUGUGCUGGCGAGUUUGUUGUGACGUUUCCUCGGGCCUAUCACUCUGGAUUUAAUCAAGGCUACAACUUCGCUGAGGCUGUGAACUUCUGUACUGCUGACUGGUUGCCCAUUGGCCGUCAGUGUGUCAGUCAUUACCGUCGGCUGAGGCGCCAUUGUGUCUUCUCGCACGAGGAACUAAUUUUCAAGAUGGCAGCAGAUCCGGAAUGCUUGGACGUGGGGCUUGCCGCCAUGGUGUGCAAGGAGUUGACUCUCCUGACUGAAGAGGAGACACGGUUAAGGGAGUCUGUUAUGCAGAUGGGCGUCCUGAUGUCGGAAGAAGAAGUGUUUGAGCUUGUUCCCGACGAUGAGCGCCAGUGUUCAGCGUGCAGAACCACCUGUUUCCUCUCUGCUCUCACGUGUUCCUGUAAUCCCGAGCGGCUUGUGUGUCUCCACCAUCCAGCUGAUCUGUGCCCCUGCCCCAUGCAGAAAAAGUGUCUUAGAUAUCGCUACCCAUUAGAGGACCUCCCUUCUCUGCUGUAUGGUGUGAAAGUCAGGGCACAGUCCUAUGACACUUGGGUCAGUCGUGUUACAGAAGCAUUAUCUGCCAACUUCAACCACAAGAAAGAUUUGAUUGAAUUACGAGUAAUGCUGGAAGAUGCUGAGGAUAGGAAAUAUCCAGAAAAUGAUCUCUUUCGAAAACUCAGGGAUGCUGUAAAAGAAGCUGAGACCUGUGCUUCUGUGGCUCAGCUGCUUCUGAGCAAAAAGCAGAAGCACAGGCAGAGCCCAGAUAGUGGGAGGACUCGGACCAAACUGACAGUGGAAGAGUUGAAGGCCUUUGUCCAACAGCUUUUUAGUCUUCCAUGUGUCAUCAGCCAAGCUCGACAAGUAAAGAAUCUACUGGAUGAUGUGGAAGAGUUUCAUGAACGUGCUCAGGAGGCCAUGAUGGAUGAAACCCCAGAUUCUUCCAAACUGCAGAUGUUGAUAGAUAUGGGCUCUGGUCUCUACGUGGAGCUACCUGAAUUAGCCCGACUAAAGCAAGAGCUACAGCAGGCUCGAUGGUUGGAUGAAGUACGACUGACCCUGUCAGAUCCACAACAGGUCACUUUGGAUGUCAUGAAGAAAUUGAUAGACUCUGGCGUGGGGUUGGCACCCCACCAUGCGGUGGAGAAAGCGAUGGCCGAGCUUCAGGAGCUGCUCACGGUCUCUGAGCGAUGGGAGGAAAAGGCCAAGGUCUGCCUGCAGGCAAGACCACGGCACAGUGUGGCAAAUUUAGAAAACAUCGUGAAUGAAGCUAAGAACAUUCCAGCCUUUCUACCCAAUGUGUUGUCCCUGAAAGAAGCCUUACAAAAGGCUCGAGAAUGGACAACUAAAGUGGAAGCUAUUCAGAGUGGCAGCAAUUAUGCUUACUUGGAGCAGCUGGAAAGCUUAUCUGCUAAAGGCCGCCCUCUCCCUGUGCGUCUUGAUGCGUUGCCCCAGGUGGAGUCACAAGUGGCGGCAGCACGGGCCUGGAGAGAACGGACUGGGAGGACCUUUCUUAAGAAGAAUUCCAGCCACACGUUGCUCCAGGUGCUUAGUCCCCGAACUGACAUUGGUAUUUAUGGGAGUGGAAAAAAUAGAAGGAAAAAAGUAAAAGAACUAAUAGAAAAAGAAAAAGAAAAGGAUCUGGACCUUGAACCUCUGAGUGAUCUGGAGGAGGGAUUGGAGGAAACCAGAGAUACAGCCACAGUGGUGGCAGUUUUCAAAGAACGGGAGCAAAAAGAGAUUGAAGCCAUGCAUUCCCUCAGAGCAGCCAACCUAGCCAAGAUGACAAUGGUAGACCGCAUAGAAGAAGUAAAAUUUUGCAUUUGCCGCAAGACAGCGAGUGGGUUUAUGCUCCAGUGUGAGCUCUGCAAAGACUGGUUUCAUAACAGCUGUGUUCCUCUUCCUAAGUCAAGUUCCCAGAAGAAAGGGUCUAGCUGGCAGGCCAAAGAAGUAAAAUUCCUUUGCCCUCUCUGUAUGCGGUCUCGAAGACCGAGGCUAGAGACUAUUCUGUCCCUCCUGGUAUCCCUUCAGAAGUUGCCUGUACGGCUGCCCGAAGGAGAGGCCCUUCAGUGUUUGACAGAACGUGCAAUGAGUUGGCAGGACAGGGCCCGGCAAGCCCUGGCCACAGAUGAGCUGUCCUCUGCCCUGGCCAAGCUCUCUGUGUUGAGCCAGCGGAUGGUGGAGCAGGCAGCUCGGGAGAAAACUGAAAAGAUCAUCAGCGCAGAGCUCCAAAAGGCCGCUGCCAAUCCAGACUUACAGGGACACUUACCUAGUUUCCAGCAGUCUGCUUUUAACCGGGUGGUGAGCAGUGUAUCUUCUUCCCCUCGGCAAACGGUGGACUAUGAUGAUGAAGAGACAGAUUCUGAUGAAGACAUUCGGGAGACAUAUGGCUAUGACAUGAAGGACACAGCCAGUGUGAAGUCCUCCAGCAGUCUGGAGCCCAGCCUUUUUUGUGAUGAAGAGAUUCCCAUCAAGUCCGAGGAGGUGGUCACGCACAUGUGGACGGCACCCUCCUUCUGUGCUGAGCAUGCUUAUUCGUCUGCUUCUAAGAGCUGUUCUCAAGGUUCUAGCACCCCAAGGAAACAACCUCGGAAGAGCCCUCUGGUGCCCCGUAGUUUGGAGCCUCCGGUGCUAGAGUUAUCGCCUGGAGCUAAGGCCCAGCUGGAAGAACUUAUGAUGGUUGGAGAUCUCCUGGAGGUGUCUCUGGAUGAGACUCAACACAUAUGGCGGAUUUUGCAGGCCACACACCCACCCUCUGAAGACAGAUUCCUGCAUAUCAUGGAGGAUGACAGCAUGGAAGAGAAACCAUUAAAAAUAAAAGGAAAGGACUCUUCAGAGAAGAAACGGAAACGGAAGCUAGAAAAAGAACAGCUUUUUGGCGAAGGAAAGCAGAAGUCCAAGGAGCUAAAGAAAAUGGAUAAACCUAAAAAGAAGAAAUUAAAAUUAAGUGCGGAAAAAUCAAAGGAGCUGAACAAACUGGCCAAGAAACUAGCAAAAGAAGAAGAGAGGAAGAAAAAGAAGGAGAAGGCUGCUGCAGCCAAAGUUGAACUUGUGAAGGAGAGCUCGGAGAAGAAGAGAGAGAAGAAGGUGCUGGACAUCCCCUCCAAAUAUGACUGGUCAGGAGCGGAGGAGUCUGACGACGAGAACGCCGUGUGUGCCGCGCGGAACUGCCAGAGGCCCUGCAAGGACAAGGUAGACUGGGUGCAGUGUGAUGGUGGCUGUGAUGAGUGGUUUCACCAAGUUUGUGUGGGUGUAUCUCCAGAAAUGGCUGAAAAUGAAGAUUACAUCUGUACAAACUGUGCAAAGAAGCAGGGGCCAGAUAGCCCAGGUCCAGCACCACCUCCUUCUUUCAUAAUGAGCUACAAACUACCAGUGGAGGAUCUUAAAGAGACCAGUUAGCAGAUGCUGGGUUAGUUUGGGACAUGGGGGAAAACGGACCACACAGAGACCGUAGUCAGUAGAGUGGUUUAGAUCCACUCAGAAUGUUGCUUCCAAAGACGAAUGGCCUUCUGAGCAAGUCCUCCCAGCUGACUUCCUCUUUGCAUGGACGUGGGAUCUGCGUUCUCUGUCAGCACAUCUGUGCCGAGGGUGUCUGCUUUGGUCCAGCAGCCAGCGUUUCAGUUCGUGUCUCCUCUCAGAUUGCUUGUCACAUUAAGGCCAGACAUUUGAGCGCUAGGGUGGCUGGUUGGCAUUAAUGCAUUGGUGUGCUGGCAGGGCAUGUAGGCUGCGGCUUCUGGCCAGUUGGUACUAGUUAGAGGUUUGCAGCCAGCACCAUCCAGAGGUGUGAUCACUUGGAUCUCCUUAGUUAGGCCAGUGGGGGAGGAGUACAGUAGCAGUUUCCUUCCACUCUGCCCUGGCAUUCGACUCCCUACACAUCCAGCUAGGAGAGGGCCAGGGCUGAAGAUAGUCCUGUGAGAGGCCAUGGGUCGUGGCACAGCCUGUAGACCUCAGCUCCAUGUGCUUGUUUGUACCAAGAAGAAAACCCCAGUUGAGAGGCAGAUCACCUCAUCUUCCUAAGGAGGAGGAUGGCAUCUAGUUCAGAAGUCUGACUAGAUUGGAUUCUGGGAAGAAGAGAUUUUAUUUCAAGGCAAGGAUCCGUUUUUUGGCUUUGAGAAGUCUUGCUGCCUUGGGUCUACAUUUUAAAGAAGAGCAGGUACGUGGAUCCAGGCUUCUGCGGUAGCAAAGAAGACAAGUCAGAAUGUUUUACUGAGCCACAGCGGUGCCUGCUUUUCGGGGAACCCUUCAUUCACAAGUGCACCAGGUGCCACCAGGCUUCAAGCAUGGCCCCGAGCAAGACCAGCAAAUAACAGCUCUUGCCUUGCAGCCCGGCCCCCACUGGCUGUGGUUUCCAGGACUGGCCGUUUCUGAACGUGGCCCGCGGCAGAUGCUGUUGCCCAGCACGUGGCUUCAUCAGAGGACGUGGGCUUAGAGUACCUCUGGGUGACAAAAUUGUUUUAGUAAAUCCAUUUUUAAAAAAAAGAAAAAAGGACUUGUUUUUACUUUUUUCUAAAUGUCUCUGACUACUGACUGUUCUAUAAAUAGAUUAUUUUUCCUUUUUUAAUAUACAUAUAUGAAUAUAUAUAUAUAUGUAUAUAUAUAUAUAUAUUUACUGUUACCAGCAGCUUAUGACAGAAAUUCAGCAUCAAAAAUCCAUUUGGGGGCUUGCUUUCUCGUCUUGCUUUUUAAUAAAGGAAUCCCAUUCCUUCCUUGUAGUACAAGGAGUUAGCACUUCCUUCUCCAUCCUGGCCCGACCAGAUCUUCCAUCUUGGUUUUGUUCAAACAGGUAAUUAUAUUUCGUUUGUGUGUUGGGACGUGUCCCUUUCUGUGGGGAAUUCUGGUCAUACUGUAUCUGCGAUGGUAGCUCUGUUUUGUGUGUGAAAGUUUGGAACUACGGUGCUGUGUUCUCCUCCCUCCUGUUGUGUUCUUUGUCCUUGUGAAGGUGUUAGGUAAGCUGUAUGGCAACUCUUUAUUAGAAGGGGACUGAUUUUUUUUUUUAAGGACAAAAACCCCCAAAAACCCACCAAACAAACUAAAAAUGGUGUUUUGUCUUCACUAUCCUGUGUCCCUUUAUUUUGGUGUAAAGAUCUGUGGUUUGACUUAAAUUCAUCCGUUUUUCCUUUUAAAGGGGGGGUAGCAGGGUGGGCCCAGAGAGCAGCGUUCAGUCUUGUCUUCCCUUUUUGCCCCGAUCUCUUAAAGAAAUGUCUUCUAGUAACUAGAAGUGAAAUGUACUGUCCAGUCACAGUUUGCGUGGGUAUGAGAUUUAACUCAAAAGGCAUCUUACUAAAAAAAGCAAAACCUUUCCUAUAAAAUCCAGUUUCUGGAAAUGCUUUCUCUGUGGUUCUACGGCCUAUGUUUUAGUCAUUUCUCCCUUAAUAUCAUAUAACAUUUUGAGUGUCUUGGCCUGUUCAGAGGUUCAUAAGUGUUGGUGUGCAUGGAUCUUAAAAUCUCAUCUCAAGUGUGUGUAUGAUUUAAGAUUUCAAUGGAAAUUACAAGGUAACUAAGUAACCAGUUUCAUAAGUUAUCAUUUUGCCAGUCUCUCAAUACAUAAAGAUCCUACUACUUAGUUAAGAAUUUCAUCUGGUUGAUAUUAUAGAAGAAAGCACAAUGUUUUUUGCCUUUCGGUCUUCUCUGUAAAAGUCUUCAAGUGCUUGUGGGUUAAAAAUUGAAUGCAGUCUUAAGUGAUGGCUGCCCGGAAUACAUUUAAGAAUACCUUGUUUUUCCUUCAUUCCUCAGCUAUCAGUGGAGGGGCAUGAGGUGCUGAGAAAGACAGCUAAGGUGCUCUGCUUGGAGUGUGGUGGAUGGAUAGGGGGCUGUUUAGGGAAUAAUUUAUGUUCAUGAUAGGUAUUUGCCUGCAUAUUUGACUGAGAGAAAAACGCAAGGCAGUCUCCAACCAUGAAUAGCUCCCUGUUUAUCUUCUCCAACCAUAAAUAGCUCCCUGUUUAUCUUCUGACAUUUUGAAACUCAAAUAUAUCAUUUAAUUGAUACUGUGGGAUUUUCUGUAUUUAUUUGAAAGUCACAGAGGAUUUGGUCUGACUUUUGACCAUUUAGACCAAAGGUUGAGAACAGAUGAGAGACAGUUAAAAAAAAGAAAGAGAAGAAAAAUAUGUAGAAGUGUGUAAUUUUGUAAUUAGUGAACUAAGAUUCAUCUUAAAGAAAUGAUGUUUUUUUCACUUAGAGGAAAUUACUUAUUUUACAACGUAACUCCAUUCUGUGGUGUUGUAACAUUUCGUAUUAAAACAAUUUAAAAUGUUUCUUUACCCUUCGUAUCUCCUCAGAGUCGCAGUUCUGCACCACUCGUUCUUUAACUUAUUCGUUAAUUCUUUCAGAGGUAUUUUCUCACUACGUUCAUUAUAAACCAUUUUGGCAAAGGUUAUAGAAAGGAAGAUGAAAACUGGUAGGUCAAGAGUAGGUCCUUGGAACCGCGCAAGUGCAACGACAGCUCUCUUGUGGUCCCUCCAGCCGGGGUUGGCCUCGCUGCCUGUAGUGACCCUGCAGAGAUGUGUGGAGAUGCAGGGCCAGGCUCCUUCCCGAGCGGCUGCCUCCCAGCUCUUCCUGACUCACACGUGGGCAUCAUGGAACAACAGCUACUGCACGUCACACUUCAGAUAACUGAAACGGCAGGUGUGAAACCUGGGUCUCCCGUGAUGCGAUGUACUUGAAUAAUCAAAACCCCAGCAAGGGCUGACCUGUGAGAUGAGAACGAUUUCACCUGUGCUUCACUUCUCUACUUUUGUCUUCAACGCGUGUCCAAGAAACGUCAGUUUGUUUGUUUCUCUUAAUUUUUAGAUUCUGAUGUAAUUCAGUGGAUGUAAGAGAAACUCGCUACUUGGCAAUAUUUUAAUUCUACAGUAUAUUUGUGUGAAUAUCAGCCAGUGCUUAAAAGUAGGAAGGUGAAAGGGAAAACUGAGAAAGCCCUUCUUUCAGAGGGAGGGAUUAUCCACUUUUUAAGGAGAAAGUGGCAAUUUUAAGUGGGAUUUGAAAAUUGUGGGAAAAUUAAGUGAAGUCCCACUCAUAACCAGGUUCAGUAAAGGUAUACGUAUGAACUAGCUUCAUAUGUGUGUAAGAAGUUGCUUUUGCAGUACGUCCCUAAGUAUAAAUUUUUAAAAGCAGGCAAUUGGUUUGCCUUUUACCUUUUGAAAUCCCACUUUUUUUUUUUUAAUUAAGGCAUAUCAUUACUUUGGAUGUGGAUGUGCCAUGACAUUUAGUAUUUACAGCAUGAGAGGAAAGAAUGGAUAUUAAUAUAUUUUGGAAUUCUAGUCUUCUCUUGGUCUGGAUCAUAUCCAGUCACCACUAUGCAACGAAUGAUGUGCACUGGGAAAGGAUGUGACGGGUUUUUAAAGAUGUGUCCUGCUUAUUCUUACUUUUGCAAUACUCCAAGAUGUCUAAACAGGAAUAUCUUUUGUAAGCCUCAAGAUCUAUUGAUUAUUCUCUUACAUGUUUAUUUACCUGUUAGUGAGACACUUAAAUAUUAUAUGGACUCUAAUUUACCAGGGAUUUUGGUGGUGCCUUAUGAAAAGUAUAACUUGAUUUCUUGUUUUUUGAGCAUGUUUUGCAUUUCUUUUGUUUUCUGAAAGAAUGUUAGGUAUGGCUAUUUGCAUUACAUCUAAAAAUUAAAAAAAUUGUGUGUGUGCUCAGGUCCCCCCUACCCUGUCAUUCACAUUGGUGGCAACUCUAAGUGGUAACCAAGUAAAGGUAGAUUUUGGUAAUGGAUCUGAGAGCCACUUUUAACCUGUUGCAGAACAGUUUCUAAUGUGCAUUUGCUCUCUAUAAAAUAAAGAACUGGCCUCAAAUAACUUCACCAGUGGUGUGAUUAGCCUGUUACAUUGCUGAGAAUAGUGUUUUCAGAAAGUGUGAAGUAGAAGAAGUGAUUCCUGCGGAUUUCACGUUUCUCUGUUUUCAGCAAGAGUCCAGCGAUGGCCAGCAGACGUUUUCCCCACCGUUGAUUUCUUAAGUGGUUUAUCCCUUUGUAGCGAACCAGUAAUAAAAGCAGGAAAGAUGAAGAAAUACUUCCUUUUUCCUUUGGCCUCCUAGUACUUAAAACUAGCUCAAACUGCACCUUACACUUCAGAGAAGUAAAUGGCCCUUUUCUCUCAUUGCCAAGGUUAUCAGGUCAUGCAGGCGUGAGGGACAGAUCAUUGCUGAAAAUGUGAAGGUUCUGCCUGCAGUGAAGUUGGCCUCAAACAUGAAGUGUUUGAUUGUGUAUAUAUGUGUUAGGGAGGAGAAUUAGUGGGAAGGAGGAGGAAGAAAAAACUGGUUAUCGCAACUUGGAAAAGAUUUUCUUGCCAACAACAAAAAAACCACGAAAUUUCAUAAGAUUGACAAAUUCUUUUCUUUUUGAAAAGUUGUGUGGAAUCCACCCAGUUUAGACCACGUAUUUCUUGGCGCCUUGGCAUUGUGGUUGAUACCAGUACGUUGAAGAUCCAGAAUCUCUUCAUGGGAAGCUUAGCCUUGCAUUGGGAAGUCUCAGAUAACACAACGAACAAACCAUACAGAAGAACACACUCAAGGACUGUAUGCUGUGACCAAACAAUUUGGAAUUUCUUGACUCUUCUCACCUAUUUGCUCUUUAAAGUGUGUUUCUGCCCUGCUUUUAGUAGGCAGAAAGAUGAUUUAAUGUUUCCAUGUGACAAAGUCCCAUGAAAUUUCUUUACUAGGCGAGGAUUUUCUCUAAGCUCGUCUGUGGAGCCAGGAUGUAUCUUUGUCAGUGCAAAAUAAAGAUGCCACAAACAGCCUUAAA